GAAUCCAAGGUAAAGCAACUAUAUAUGAUAAAUAAUUUAUGUUAUAAAGUAAUAGUCAAAGGUAGUACUUGAGUAAAAGUACUUGGAUACCCACUCCUCUGGUGUCAUAUGUCGGGUUGUCCUCAGCCAUCAGUGGGGGGAGGUGAAGGGGAAUGACAGGGGCGGACUGGCUCUAACUUUAGGAGAGUGUGUCAGUGUGGCCGCCGCUGCCUUCGGAGGAGCACCCGCAGCUUCAGUGGUGAUUGACAGAGAUCCUGGUUGCUAUGGCGUCAGCCAAUGAAAACGCGGAGAACGGUGAUCAGACGGUACCUGACAAAGAUGAGGAGGGUGGAGACAUCCGGGGAGUUCAGUCUCAGUACCUGCGCUGCGCCUCCCCCAGUUUCUCCAUGGCGUCGGAGUCCAGGUUCUCCGCUAUCUCUGGAUCUGACGCUGCAAGCAUUUUCAUGGAGCCCAUCCACCUCUCUUCAGCCAUCGCCGCCAAGAAGAUCAUUCAUGAGGAGCUGCCGCCCCGUGGCGUACGUACGGAGUCUAUCCCGGAAUCCAUGCUGGAAACAGCCGAGCAGUUGAUGGUGGAGGACCUCUACAACCGCGUCCGGGACAUGAUUGACGACCGCAGCCCCUAUAACACCCCCUGUGUGCUGGACAUCCAGAGGGCGAUGGUGCAGGAGCGCUUGGAGGCUCCUACCAACCCCGUGGACGAAGUGUGGCCAAACAUCUUUAUCGCUGAGAAGUCUGUUGCUGUCAACAAAGCCCGUCUGAAGCGAAUGGGGAUCACGCACAUCCUAAACACGGCUCACGGAACCGGAGUCUACACCAACGAGUCCUUCUACGCUGGCAUGAAGAUCCAGUACAUGGGCAUCGAGGUGGACGACUUCCCUGAAGCCGAUAUCUCACAACACUUUCGACCAACCGCUGAAUUCCUAGAUGAGGCUCUGCUCACACAUAAAGGGAAAGCUCUUGUGGUUUCCAUGAUGGGCAUUAGUCGCUCUGCUGUCCUGGUGGCGUCUUACCUGAUGAUCUUCCAGAAUAUGACCAUCAUGGAAGCCCUCACAGCCAUACGGAAAAAACGUGCCAUAAACCCCAACGAGGGUUUCCUGAAGCAGUUGCGAGAGCUCAACGAGAACCUGCUGGAGGAGCGGGACGACGACGAUGAAACGCUCAGCCAGUGCUCGGUGAUCGACGCCCGUACCCGAGCCCAGAUCUUUGGUGAAGCCUCGGUUGACGAUGAUGACGAUACAGAUAAAGAGGAAGAACAGAGUAUGCUGGAGGUGAAAGCCCACUCCAUAAUGAUGGAAGAGGAGGAGGAUGGAGGGAGCGUGAUGAGCAGUGUGGCCUCGUCCGCGGCUGCUGCAGCGCUCAAAAGUGGACUGGUUGGGCCGCAAAAUGGGCUUGACGGCCAAGACUCCUCCAGCGUCAAAGAGAAGCUAGUUCUGCUUGAGAAUGGCAAGCAGAAUGCUGAGGACGAUGACGACAGCCUUGACACCAUGAUCCGGGAGUGGCAGCGCAGGAAUGAGAAAUACCAGAACGAGGAGUGGUGGGAGGCGCAGCUCAACAGCGAGGACGAGGACGUGGAGUCCCUCCUCGGGGUCCAUCCAAGGCGAGCAAAAGACCCGGCCGACGCCGAUACGGAAAGUGUCACCAGUGAGCAAGUAAAAGCAGUUAAGGAGAAGAUCAAGAGUCGCAUCAAGCGCCCGCCUUCGGAGGCAAUGUCGACCUCCAGCUGUAUGAGCUACUCCGAUCUCUGGAAGCAAAGACUCAAGGAGAUUGAGAAGGAAGCCGCUGCCCGCUACAGAAGGAAAGAGGACGACGAAGGCAGCGAGAGCGCAGCUACAGGCGCCGGAGAAGGAAAGACAAGAGUGGACGAUGAAGUGGAGAGCAUACUCUCUGACACCAGCUCCAUGUACAACUUUUGUCAGAAGAACAAGGAGAAGAUGACGCCUCUAGAGCGCUGGCGCGUCAAAAGAAUCCAGUUCGGCUGGAACAAGAAAGAACGUGAGGACGGAGAGAAGAGUUCCGUCGCAGACGGCGAGGAAGAUGCUAAGACCGUUUCCUUCAAAGAGGUCAAUCUGACCGCUUACCAGGCGUGGAAGCGGAGGCAGCAAAAGCGCCUCGGCGAGGAGAACACCGAUGAGAUCGUGGAGCUCAGUCGGGGCGAGGACUCAGCCACGAUCAAACGGAGACAGAGGCGCGAGGAGAUUCUGGAGCGUUCCAAGAAAACCUUAGAGGAAAGUCAGUCCAUGUGUGGCUGGGAGGCAGAAAGCUGCGUUAGCGGAGGGACGAUACCUCUAUCGGCCUUCUGGGCAGGAGCCGGCGUCACAGGCACCCCUAGUGUCGCCAACGAUGAUAACAUGUCCAUGCUCAGUGGCAGGUCUUCUAACAUAUCCUCCGUUUCACAAGCUCGCAGCUCACGAUCCUCGCUGUCCGUUGUACCUCCCGUACCACCAAUCCUCCCAGUUCCAACUGUGCAAGGCCCCACUGGAGAACCGAUGGUCAACCUGUCCAGUAUCCAGAACUGGAUCGCCAACGUUGUCUCCGAGACGAUCAAACAGAAGCAGAGCGAAAUGAGCCUGCCCCCUCCCUCACAAGCCGGAUCUGAACUUAGCUUCGGAGGUGGGACGAGCCUCCUUGCAAGCCGAGUUGCAGACGACGACAGGGCGUCUUUGCUAAGUGGGGCUUCCUACUCCAGCGCCCUCUCCAAAGGUCGGGGUCGAGCCUCGUCUGUCCUGUCGGACAGUAGGUUGAGCAGCGCCUCUAGCCUCAGUGGGCGAGGCUCUGCCCUCAGAUCCAACUUUGACUCCACUUUAGGCUCAAAGAAAAAGAAGAUCACUACCACCAGUGUCCCCUUGUUCAGCCUCUUCCAGGACCAGGUCAACCUGGACAAGUUGGAUUGCAUGGACAAGGAGAUGAAGUCAGAGAUGAGGGAGAAGAUGGCCAAGUAUGAAAAGAAGAAGAUCCUGGAGGACAACAGACGCAGCACCCUGUACAAGAAGAAGAAAGCGAAGGAGGACGAUGAUGAGGAAGAGGAGGAGAGGAAAAAGAGAGAGGAGGAGUUUCUUGAGGAAUCAAAGAAGAAGGAGAAACCAAAGAGGACAUAUGGCUUAUCGGGAUGCCUCAAUCUUAAUCCAGCACUGGAGAAAGACAAGGACACCAGCGUCGACGACUGGCUAAAAAGCGUCCGACCUCCCCAAAGGAAACCAUUUUCAGAGGAAGAGCCAUCAGAAGAUCCGUACGACGAUCUUGAUGCGUCGGCAUCCGAGUUUGACUUCUCAAGCCGCGGGGCGUCCUACUCUCCAGAAGACGACGACGAGGAACCAUACACGACAAGGUUACGGUCCAGAAACCGUGACGACCUACCAGGUCAAAGCAGGGAGCUUUUGCGCGAAAGGUUCGUGCAGUCCCAGACCAGCAGGUUGCGCAGGACUCAGGAGGAGGACGAGGAAACGGAGAGCGACUUCUCCUCCAGGAGAAGGUUGUUGUAUGAAGGCAGGGAGACGGGAGCAACGGCGACCAGAAAGGAGGACAACGACAGUGACGGGGAUGAAGAUGUGGCCGCUUUCAUCGCCCAAACCAGACAGAGGAUCAGAGCCCGGGCUCUCGCCGAGGCCGAAGACGACGAGGUGCUGGCUGCGUGGCGAGCACAGCAGGAAGCGAAGUAUCCGAGCAGGAGUGACUCAUAGGAGAAUUACCAGAGUGCUGUGAGAUCAGAUCCAUAUCAUUUCUUGUUUUUAAAAAAGUUCUUCAACGUUUUCACAAGACAUAGAAAAAGUGUGCAGCAUAGAUGUAGCAUGAUAAGUCAAAUUCAUUAUUUUAGUCAAAAUUUUGUAUGAAAUUCUCGAAGGUUCUGAGCUAAACUCACAUCCAAAAUUAAAAUGAAUUCAGUUUUGUCAUUUCUUGUCGUUAAGUCAAACAGCAUCUCAAACACAUUUGAAACAAAAAAAAUCAAUGUAAUUUGUAAUAUUCCAAUAUAUAUUUUGGCAAUAAAUGUUUGCACAAAUA